AAUUAUCCCGAAGGGUAUAAAAUGAACAGAGUCUGGGUCAUCACAGCAUUAACUCGCCAGUGCAAAGUAAGCAUGAAUGCUGUCGUUCUCUUUUCCGUGCUUUUCGCUCUUGCUUGUGGGCAAGUGUCAUCGUUUUGUAUUCCCACUGAGUAUAUGAUGUACGUGGACAGGAGAGAGUGUGCCUACUGCCUGACCAUCAACACCACCAUCUGCGCUGGGUAUUGUAUGACACGGGAUAUCAAUGGCAAACUGUUUCUUCCCAAGUACGCACUCUCUCAGGAUGUCUGUACAUACAGAGACUUCACCUACAGAACGGUGGAAAUACCGGGAUGCCCACACCAUGUUGCUCCUUAUUUCUCCUACCCCGUUGCCCUGAGCUGCAAGUGUGGCAAGUGUAACACUGACUACAGCGACUGUACACACGAGGCUGUCAAAACCAACUACUGCACCAAGCCACAGACAUUCUAUCUGGGGGGAUUUUCUGGUUAACUGUAAUGGCAAUGCAAUCUGGUUAAAUGUGUUUACCUGGAAUAGAACUAAUAAAAUAUCAUUGAUAUGUC